AUGUGUUUCGUGUUUGUGUGUGGUGAAGAUGAGACGGUGCUUUCAAGGCAACCAGCACCAGGGGCAUGCCCCUACUGUGGAGGAAUGGUGCAAGCCAUGGAUGUUGAGAGUCAGUGGACGUUCUGCUUCCUGCCUCUCUACUGGAAGACCAAGCGCAAGUUCUACUGCACCGUGUGCACUAGGCGCUUGGUAGUGCAGUGA